AUGCCGCCUGGGGGUGCGGAGCCUGGAGGUGCUGAGCCUGGGGGUACGGAGCCUGGGGGUGCGGAGCUUGGGGGUGCUGGGUCUGCUCAUUUGGCCUCUGGCGGUGCUUCGUCAAGGCAGGAGCUGCGCGAGUUGUUUGCCCGGCGCUGGAGCCGUGCUGUUGGAGCUGGAGGUACUACUGUUGCUGCUGGUCCUGGAGGUGCUCGUACUAGCGGUACUAGAGCUGCUGGGACUGGGGGUGCUGCUAGGGCUGCUGGAGUUAGUCCUGCUGGAGGUACUGCUGGAGCUGCUGGCGGUACUGCAGCUGAUAGUCCUGGUGGAGUUGGUGCUGCUGGAGCUGUUGGAGCUACAAGAGCUGGAACUGCUGGGGAUGUUGGCGCUGGUGGUGCUGCUGGCGCUUGUGCUUCUGAGGGUACUGGAGUUGGCGCUGUUGGAGUUGGAGAUGCUGUUGGCGCUGGUGCUGCCGCUAGGGGUACUAGUGCUGUCCCUGCUGGUUCUAGAGGCGCUUUACAGCCCGCCUCCCCCCUACCUGCUCCUUCUCCCUACACUGGUCCUACUGGAGGUCUUGCUGAGCGUCGUGAGCCUGCGUCUCGUCCUGCGUCGCCCGUUCAUAUUGCUCGCACUAGUAGUCAUGCUCCGCGUCCAUGUCCUCUUGCCGUCCUUGGCACACACCAGAUGGCACUGCGUCCGUCCACUGCUCCUCUGCGUGUCCCGUUGCCGUCUCCUCCAGAGUCCUCUCUUCCUGUCCUUGCUGACCCGGAGCCUGACUCUCUUCGUGCUGCCAUUCCUACCGUCACGUGUCUCCUGGCUACUGUUGUCACUGACCCUUCUUUUGAGUCCAUUGCUGCGUCUGCCUUAGUUGCUGAGCUUGUUGACUUUGCUGCUCGCUGUCGUUUAGACUACGUCGCUUGUCUUGUUGCUGAGUCUGAGUUUGACUGUCCUCCUUCCGUCGGGGGUGAGUGUGCUCUUAGCACGCACAUCCUUGAGGACACGCUGGAGGAGUUCCACUGUUUUGCUGCUGCUUUGCCUCAUCUCGUGUCUACACUGAUUGCCCCUGAGGGAGACCCGGAUGCUCCAAACAUCCCCACUCCUCGAUCGUACGCUGAGGCAAUCGAGAGUCCCUACUCCUCUCAGUGGCAGGCAGCUAUGGACGCAGAGAUGGCUUCAUGGAAGUCCACAGGCACCUACGUCGACGAGGUUCCCCCACCUGGGGCGAACAUCAUCAGUGGCGUGUGGAUUUUCAGGGUAAAGCGGCCGCCGGGUUCUCCGCCUGUCUUCAAGGCGCGUUACGUGGCUCAAGGCUUCAGUCAGCGGCAGGGAGUUGACUACUUUUAUACCUUCUCCCCCACCCCGACGAUGACCUCUCUUCGGGUGCUGCUGCACAUAGCCGCUCAGCGCGAAUACGAGCUUCACUCUCUUGACUUAAGCACAGCUUUUCUGGACGGCAGCCUGCACGAGGAGAUCUGGCUGCGCCGCCCACCUGGCUUUACUGGGUCGUUUCCUCCUGGUACCCACUGGAGCCUCCGGCGGCCAGUCUACAGUCUCCCCCAGGCGCCCCAUCAGUGGCACACGACACUGAGGACUACACUUGCGGCUCUUGGGUUUGUUCCUUCUACUGCCGACCCGUCGCUGUUUCUGCGCACCGACACCUCUUUGCCAUCGUUCUACAUCUUCGUGUACGUCGACGACUUGGUCUUUGCCACUGCAGACACAGCUGGACUCGCCCGCGUGUACAGACCUGGGUGA